AUGUCGUCGCCCGAUACAUGGAGUAAACCAGGCUCCUCGAUCAUCGUGAGCGGACACAUCGGCCGAACGAGAAAGGUCGGCAAGAACCUGGCAUUCGCCCACCUGGAGCGCAACGGGGAACGAAUUGGUCAAAUCUGUGCCAAGGGCGACAAUGCGGCUACACUAGCAAAGAUUCGUCCCUUCAGCGCCGUUUUGGCAAAAGGCGUAACGACAGACGCAUCGAGCGCGACACGAUUCGAAAUUGACAUGGAUUCGAUACAAUACCUCAACCCAUUCCCGAAGGACAUCAUCGUUGGUCCCGAUACCGUUUUCCCGCCAGAGCAACGUCAUCUCCAGCUGCGCUUCCACAAGGAGCUGAAGGAGAGGCUGCGGUUCCGUGCGCAGCUCAAGUCGUCCAUGGGGCAGGCGAUGGUGGACAGGGAGUUCAUGGACGUCGAGACGCCCAUCCUCUUCAAGUCGACUUCAGAAGGCGCAAGAGAGUUCAUCGUGCCGACGCGGCGACCCAGAUAUGCCUAUGCGCUGCCCCAGAGCCCCCAGCAGUAUAAGCAGGUCCUUAUGGCUUCUGGAAUGGGGGGUUACUACCAAUUUGCGCGGUGCUUCCGUGAUGAAGAUCAUCGUGCAGACCGUCAACCCGAAUUCACACAGCUGGAUAUGGAAAAGUCAUUUGCUACGGGCAAGACCAUCAUGGAGGACGUAGAAUAUGUCGUCGGCCGUGCGUGGGAUGCUGUGAGAGAGCAGUACGUCAUGGAAGUGGGAGAAGACUCAUUCGCGCCGGUCAGGAAGGCAUCACUCGAGGACUGGAAACAAUGUGUUCAGGACAGUAUGAAAGACGACGCCAAAGCACCUCUCUACCAAGAAUACCCUGCCAUUUCUGCGCCGUUCCUCAGAAUGAAGUACACCGACUGCAUGGACUUGUACGGAUCCGACAAGCCGGAUCUGCGCAUUCCCAACAGGAUAUGUCGCGUUGACGAAAGCCUCAACAAGGACUUUGUCAGCAUGAUCACAGAUCUCGACGCACCAAUCGUCGAAGUCUGGAAGAUCAGCCCACACGAAGACGCUGAUAGGCGAGACGUGUGGAAGUUCGUGACGGAGUUCAUGGAGAAUUUGCCCAAAAGCCUAUCACAAAACCCAGACGGCGCUCCCACAGCCUUGAUGUUCGACAGCAGCAAACCGCUCAACGGCUUCUCCGCCCUUGGACCCGAAGGCCUAGACAGCAUCCUAGGCUCUAUCCCCGAGGAAGCCGGCUUUUCGUCGCUCGAGAACGGAGACAUCGUCCUCCUCCAGGCACGCAAGAACCAGCCCCAGCAAGGAGGCUCAACCAAACUCGGCGAAGCGAGAAUCGCCCUAUACCACGCUGCCGUGGAGGCCGGCCUCCUAGACAGGGACGACACCUUCAAGUUCCUCUGGGUGACCGACUUCCCUAUGUUCACCCCGGAAGAAGAAGGCGACGUCGGUCAGGGCGGCGCUUCGGGCUUCUCGGCCACCCACCACCCCUUCACGUCCCCGCACUCCGAGGAGGACUUUGAGCUGCUCUUCAAGGACCCGCUCCGGGCCAAGGCCGACCAUUAUGACCUCGUGCUCAACGGCGUGGAGCUCGGCGGCGGCAGCCGGCGUAUCCACAUUGCCGAGAUCCAGGAGUUCAUCUUCCGCGACAUCCUCAAGAUGAGCCAGGACAAGAUUAAAGAGUUUUCGCACCUACUCAAGGCGCUAAGGGCGGGGUGUCCGCCGCACGCGGGCUUCGCCAUCGGGUUCGACCGGUUCGUGGCCGUGUUGAGCGGCUCGUCUUCCGUCAGGGACGUGAUUGCGUUCCCGAAGAAUAAUAACGGCGUGGACGAGUUUGCUGGCGGGCCGGGCAAGAUGACGAAGGAGCAGUUGCUGACGUAUAACCUGCAAUUCCGCAAGAAGGAAUGA